UGUCAACGAGAACGAGAUGUUUUAACUAAAAGGUAAAAUUGUUAAAUUGUAAAGUUAAACAGAUACUGAAACAGAUCAAACAGAGUAAAGAGCCGGGCGAAAAGUGUGCAGUAAAGCUAAAGCUUGAGGAUGACGAAUGAAAGUGAUGAUCUCAUGAUUACCAGCUGCGAUCGCUGCCCGCGGCUAGUGGCAUUCGGCAACAUUUUGCUAGAUAUAAGCGUCGAACUGAAGGAUGGCAAAAUAUUAGAAGAGUUUGAUUUGAAACCGGAUGAUCAGAGGGAAAUUCCCGCAGAGAAACUUGCUGCCCUUGUGUCUGUUGCCGUAGAAACCUGCGGAAACCCGAUAUACAAUCCGGGCGGUUCGGCACUCAACACGUGCCGCAUAUUGCGCGCACUUGGAGAAAAAAAUAUAAUCUUCUGCGGUGCCAUUGGCAUUGACGAAAAUGGCCAGAUAUUGCAACAGAUUUUAAAGGAGUGGAGUGUGAACACAUGCAUUCAGACCUUACCGGAUCAAAUCACCGGCACGUGCGUGUGCCUCAUUAGUGGUGAUAAGCGAAGCCUCAACGCGAAUAUCGGUGCGUCGUUACACUUCAAAAAGGAGUUUGUCAGCUCGCGGUGGUGUCAAUCGAAAAUUGGUAUCUGCAAAUCUGCCGCGCAUACCAACACUGACGAGGACGCACGAAUAUUCUACGUGGAGGGUUAUUUCGUUCCUGAGAAGUUCCACAUUUGCACCUAUAUAUACGAGCACUACUGUAAAGGCACGGCCAACUUGUUCGUGACCAACUUGAAUGCCUCCUAUAUACUAGAGCAAUUCACCGCAGAAAUGCGUUACCUCGUGCAGCAUGCAGAUCUGGUGUUUGGCAAUCUAGCAGAGUUCGUGGCCCUGGCCCACAUCUACCAGUGCGGUGACGUGGAUGAAUUGGCCCGCACGCUCAUCAAACAGUAUCGGAAGCAUAAACGCAGCAAAAUACUCAUUGCCACCGAUGGUUGCAGAAGCGUGCGCCUAUAUCACGGGGCCGGAUCAAAGUUCACCGCAGUAAACUUCCCGGUGCCGGUAAUACCCACAAACUUAGUCAUCGAUACAACCGGCGCUGGCGACUCGUUCGUGGCCGGUUUUCUGUACAAAUUCAUGAACGACGCGAGCCCCACGCUAGCGGACUGUGUUCGAUACGGGUGCAAGGUGGCGGGAAAAGUGAUCCGUCAAGUGGGGUGCAAUUUGCCUGCUAGCGUUCCCUCUUCACCGGUUGGUUCGCCCUCGCAGGGCAACGGAAGGCUGCCGUAGAUGUCCGAUGGUCUCUCCGACGAACACGGAUCUAUUUAUUCGCUGGUUUUUAGCCACAAUUCAUUCCCUUCGUUACUACGUGCACGGUACUUAACGCUUUUACAUUGGUGCUUGUUAGCGCAUUACGGCGGGAAGGGAAGUAAUUGUACAGAUAGGUGUCCUGUUAUGUUUUUCAAACGUUAUGAGAGAAAUGUUUCUUGUGAACGGGUACUGCAUGCUUGGCGUAGAACAAAAUAAAUUAUAAUGCUCUCUAUGA